CACGAUCGCAGGAAGUAACCUGAAACUUUGAAAUUCAAACAUUUUAGAGCGCCUGUGUUCUCGCUCUGAGGAAAGACGAAGAGUGAUAAGAAGACGAGUUUCACUUUUAAAAAAACAAACAAACAAAUGAAAGAAAUGUUUAAUGAGGGUGUCAAAGGGACCGUGUUAGGGACUCAGCAUUGGCAGAGUGUUGUUAUGAAGCUCCACAAGAAGAUUUUGACUCAUUACCAAUCCUGCACGUCACCGGUUGACAAUGAAGGAUAUCUCUUCAAAAAGAAACAGAAAAACGGCUCAUACCAUCGGCGCUGGUUCAUCCUGAAAGGAAACCUGCUCUUCUACCAGGAGCGGCCCGCAGACCGCCGCCUGUUGGGUGUCAUCGUGCUGGAGGGAUGCGCGGUGCGGCGAGCGGACACCGACGGACGCUUCUGCUUCGGUUUGGUCUUCCGGGGGCCUGGAUUUAAGAGCUACCAGUUUGCGGCAGGGGAAGAGGACACUGUGGAGAGCUGGGUACGGGUUUUGCUGUCCGCCAGCCAUUGUUACCUGUCGCUGCUGCUGAGAGACCUGCACACGCAGUAUCAAGACUUGAAGCCUCACCAGAGUUCUGGUGAGUCUCCCUGCAGCAACUUGAACCUGGGACCACCACCGCCAUCCUCAUCAUUAUCACCAUCAGCAGUAGUCAUCAAAAAGUCACCCAAGCCGUGGCACAGGUGGAACGCUCACGUCACCCCCUUGAACGUGCCAACGCCCCCGUCGUACGGCGAGUGGCCUCUGGUGAGUUUCGAUCCGCGGGACGACUUCUUUAAGCUGCACGAGUUUUACGGCCAAGAGGUGAAGAAGGCCCACGAGGAGUGGCUGACCGGUCGGCAGCCCCCAGAAGAGAACGUCCAAGAAGAUCUUAUCAACCUGUCGUGAAAACAAAAAAAAAGACUCUUUGGAGAGGAACUGAGAUGAAAAAAACUGAACUUGACGUGUUAUCGAUUGUUUGGAUCAGUGCUUCCAUUUCACAACGGUGGGCCAUGUGAUGUUUAGAUGACCUAAAAAAAACAAAAAAGUUAGAAAGUAAAAUAGUUUGCUUUGAUAAUGAAAUAAUAACACAUUGUAAUUUUUUUACACAUUGUAAAUUGUUUUAUUGUUUUGUUUAUACUUCAUUUGAUUAUAAUUAAUUCACCUUUCCACCACCCAAAUACACCCCAAAGUCAACCUAACAUGCAUGUUUUUGGGAGGAAAAUGGAGUACCCGUACGAAAGCCAGGCAACCUCGGGGAGAACAUACCGGCUACACAGAAAGUCCAGAGCCUGGAUUUAAAUCCUCAACCUCAGAACUGCGAGGUGGUUGUGCUUACCACUCGUCCACUGUGCCAUUCAUUAACCAAUUAUUUAAGAAAAAGUAACAUGAAAAAAAAUUGUAAAACUUAAACCUUAAUUUAUCCAGGUAAGGCUAUUGAGAAGAGAUUCUCAUUUGCAAUACCGACCUGGCUGGUGUUCCUUAACCGGGAAUAAAACUCAGGCCCCUAACCACUAGACCACCAGGGAAAUGUUAGUGAAACUGGUCCUUUUACUACCAAUAGAUCAACCAAAAAUAAUUUUAAAAAAUCAAUAAUACACAAAUAAAAUUGCAAAAUUUUCAUCGCAGAAGAACUGCAUCACAACGUCGCAAACGUAAUGGCCAAUCAAAAAUGCCAUGUUGUGUAACAUGAAUUUGGACGAGAAAAAUGAGGCUUCCGGGUGCGAAGCGAGAUCCAGCCGGCCACCGACCAGCCGUACCAUUAUAGAGUAUAUAACACACGGGGGUUUUACAAGAUUCGAAUUUCUCGAGCUGUCACCAUAACAAACACGUGUGCUCUCACAAGUGCGGCUUCUACUCGGAGGCAAAAAACAAACAAAAGACAGCCAAAUAUGGGCAAAGUGGAUACAAAACUGGGUCAAACAGAAGUAGCUGUCACAGGGUCCUUUUUUGGACACGCAUAUGGCAAAACCAAGGUGUUUUUUGAAAUGAAAUUGGCACUUUUACACUAAGUCCAUGUUAGAGAGUCGUUCUAUGGAGGUCUAAAAAGCCAAAAUAUGGGACCUUCAAGAGAAAUUAGGGUAAAAUUGGGAAUGGUUUAGUUUAGGGGUCUGGAUUAGAUUUAGGGUUAGGGUUAUGUUGGAAUUAGCGGUUCAGGUUAGUGGUUGGAACAUAAUUGUCUCAAGGAUGAGGCGUUUUUCUGCUUGAAACAAUUUAAAAAAAAAUUUAAACACUCAUACCGUGGCGUGAAGGGACUAUGGUGGUUUUAAAUUUCAACCAGUAGGGGCCGCUAGAAGUCUAAAUAAACAGUUUUGUCACGUUGUUUAGUUGAUAAAUACAUUACAAUGGCGAUAUUUCAAAAAUAAAACAGGAUGUUCUGAAAUUAAACAAAGCUCACAUCUCGACAGUAACCCCAAUUUCUUUUAUUUAAAAUGUAUUACUAUUUAUGCUUAGCUGAUUAGUACAGACAGACACACACAUAGUAUAACAUGUCCAAUGAGGCCCUACAGUUCAAGCUGGGAGCAUCUUGACAUUCCUGCACUUUGCCUCCAGACAGACAGACAAACAGACCUAAAGACAAGUCAGUCAGACAGGCAGACAGACAUUACAAUCGAGUCAAAAGUGAUGGAUGGCUUCGGAGGAGCGUGCCAGGACGUCUCGUGUUGCAUCUGCGCCAACUUGCAAGUUGCAACAUACACGCGUGUGUCAGCGGCACGUGUGAAGAGUGAGCAAGGUCAGUCUAUACGUGACAAAGAGCAGAAAAACGCAGACAGGUUGUUAUGUCCACAACCAUCAUGGAGCGACGCAUUAUUAGGAAUCCCAGCCCGCUUAUGUAUAGGCAGGACACGCAGCGCUGGAACAUGAUUGGAUCCUGUAAUCUUGAAUGAACUUACUUUAUAAAUUGCUUUUAACACAACAAGGUGUGAGAUGUGAGUGUCAGGUGCCGUAACGAAAAUUAAAACUUGUUCGUCCUAGAUGUAUUUAACUGCCACUUCAGAGGAAAAUAUCAGACCUCCUGUGUCUUUUCCGGAGGGGCUUACUGAGACAUUUUUCUGGGUUUCCUCAGAUCGAUACGCCUACCAAAUUUCAUGUUACAAAGUGAAAGAUGCUUCAGGAGCUCAAUUUUUCGAACAUUGACGACACCAUGCUACCACGGUCGUGCAACGCCUACACACAGUGGCGAAAACCUUUCACAAUUUAGCCCAUCUGUCUCGUUUGUAUGGUUUAAAUUUGGUAGCGAUCGGACGAAAUCUCUAGGAAGAGUUCAUCUCGAAAGGACCCCUUGAAAAAAAAUGGUCAUUUCAAACCAAGAUGGCAGACUUCCUGUGUGUUUUCAGGCAUGUCUUCUUGAGACCUUUUUGUGUGUCUACUCAUUAUCGUCAUGUCAAUCAAAUUCGCAGUUAAUGUGAAACUCAAUUCGGAAGCUGAAAAAAAAAAAACCUCAAAGAAUAGUCUGUUUUUAAAGGACGUCUGAAA